UCGAAGACGCCAAGUUAGAGCAAAGACAAAGUCAGCUACCUGCUUCCGGCGACUGCUACUGCUCCAUGGCCUUCACCGUCACGAAGACUUCCGAGGGCUACGUCCGGCCGGCGGAGCCGACGCCUCCGGGAUCGCUGACGCUCGACUGGAUCGGACGAUACCCGACCCACCGCGGCCUCGUCGACUCCCUCCACAUCUACAAGCACGGCCAGAACCCCGCCGAGGUCAUCUGCGAGGCGCUGGCCCGGGCCCUGGUCCCGUACUACCCGAUCGCCGGCCGGAUCGUGCAGUCGGAAGGCUGCGAGCCCCGGAUUGAGUGCACCAGGGAGGGCCUCUGGUUCGUGGCCACCUCCGCCAACUGCAGCCUCGCUGACGUCAACUAUCUGGAGCGCCCCAUGAUGCUUGAGCAGAACGACAUCCUACCCUACACCGAACUCGAGACCAGUCCUGCCAAUACCUUGAUGAUGAUUCAGGUUACUGAGUUCACAUGUGGUGGGUUCCUCAUUGGUCUAAGGUUCAACCACGCAUCCGCUGAUGGCUUAGGAUCGGCACAAGUCAUUUCCGCCAUUGGUGACCUUGCACGAGGCCUUCCAGAGCCGACCAUCAAGCCGGUUUGGAACCGGGACAGUUAUCCCAAUCCAAAGAUCAAACCUGCUCCACUCCCCGACUUGCCCAAGUUGGCCCUGGAGUACUCUGCAGUCGACUUCCCCACGCACUACAUCAACCAACUGAAGAAACAGUACAUGGAGCACAGCAAUGGCAAAUGGUGUUCAACCUUCGACAUCAUAAUUGCCAAGGUUUGGCAAUGCCGCACCAGGGCUAUUUAUUCAGACCCUGAUGUCAAUAUCCGUAUGUGUUUCUUCGCGAGCUCUCGUCAUAUUCUGAAGAUCGAAAAGGGCUACUAUGGCAACUCAAUCUUCCCUGUGAAAGUAUCGACAACGAGUGGGAAGGUUAACAACUUGUCAGUCGUCGAGAUUGUGGACUUGAUCAAGGAGGCCAAGGACCAGAUGGCAGUCGACGUCUUGAAGUGGGCUAAUGACGAGUUCGAGGUUGAUCCCUUUGGCAUGACAUUCAACUACGAAACCAUAUACGUUUCCGAUUGGACUAAGCUCGGGUUCUCAGAAGUGGACUACGGAUGGGGGGCUCCGAUGUAUUGCGGACCAUUCACCAACAACGACUACAUUGCUUCCUGCAUUCUCUUGAAGGCACCAGCGCCAUUCGAGGGUGCCCGGCUGAUAGCCAGAUGCGUUUCCAAGGAGCACAUUGAUGCAUUCAAUGAGCGAGUUAACCGAUUCGACUAAAGAAGUUUCGAUAGUGAAAAGAGUUGCAAACUUGUAUGAGUGUCAUGAGACACUCAAACUUUUAUUCAUGUUCCUUGGUUGUGUAAUGAAUUAUUCUGUCACUUCUUUAUUUUUUGACAUAUUAUUGGUGACUGUUUUAUUUCCUGCAUUAA